CUUCUUACCACCAUGUCCUCCGCGUAGUUGACAACAUCAACGACUGUCGCUGCCAUCAGCAGCAUGCUCGGAGAAGUACAGUCUGCAUCAGCCAGGUCUAAGUGGAUCUGGCACUGCGGGAAGUCGCCACCAUGAGUAACGAGUCGGGACACAACAAGCGACAGUCGACAAGCAAAGCGGCGGCAUUGAUUCCACCGAGAGCUCCACCACUGCCAGCCCCGAACCCAAGGCCAUUGCAGCGGGCCAGAGAUGCAGCAUCGCGUCUGCUCGGGUAUUCGAGGCCGCCGAGUCCGCAGGGUGCACAGGACGAUGACCGCUACUCCCACGGCGGCAGUCAAUUCAUGAGAUCAGCGCCACUCAGUGCGUCGCAGAAUGCAACCACCAGCCACAAAACGGGACUUGAGAUCAAGACCAUCAGCAUCAAUGAGAGCGGCAGCCAUGCCAUCAUUGCUGGAAAGGAGAUCUUCAAGACAGUCUCGGUUGUCGAUGGACGGUGCGCGGAGGACUUAAAUCUUAGGUCGAAGAUCCGAAGUACACCGAACCAGGCAUCCGGACAACCUCGCCAAAUCUAUUCGAUCGACAUAGCUGAUGUGGCCUGGGCGAAAGGCAACACAGGCCAGUAUGUCGCAGCAGCAACGUCCAGUGGCAAGAUCAUCGUAUACGAUCUUGGCCAUGCUGGACUGCAGGCAGCACAACUCAUCGAGCACAAGCGACAAGUCCAUAAUGUCACAUUCAGCCCACAUCAAGGCAGUCUCCUGCUGUCUGGCAGCCAGGACGGCACAGUAAGGCUGUGGGACGUGCGAGACGUUCGGAACCAGAGACAAGUCGGAGAUAUACAGAGCAAGCGGAGGUUCCAGGGUCAGAGCGACGGCGUGCGAGAUGUCAAGUGGAGUCCCACCGAAGGUCUUGACUUUGCCUUUGGUACAGAUGCGGGAGAGGUCCAGCGCUGGGAUAUGAGGAACUUGAAAGCUCCCAAGAUCAGAAUCCCGGCACACUCUCUUGCUUGUAAUGCUGUGGACUGGCAUCCCGAUGGCAAGCAUAUCGUCACGGCCGGCAGUGACAAGACGAUCCGCGUGUUUGAUGUCUCCGGAAGUCGUCCUAAGAAGGCGUCGUGGGAGAUCAAAGCCGCGCAUCCUGUCAUGAACAUUAGAUGGCGCCCUUCUUGCCGCUCGGCGAUCGCACAAGAUGAUGGUGCUGGUCUCUGUACGCAGGUGGUGGCUUGCUACGACCGUGACCACCCCGUCCUGCACGUGUGGGACUUUCGACGGCCUCUUCUUCCCUUCCGAGAGCUGCAGCCGUAUCCCUCCGCGCCGACGGACAUGCUCUGGCACUCGCAAGAUCUGCUGUGGACCGUGGGUCGUGAAGGCACCUUUCUCCAGACGGAUAUCCAGCACACGUCCAAGGUCAUUGACCGAUGCAACCUGCAGACACUUGACGUCUCUCCGCUUGGCGAGCUCACUUUUGUCACCCAGUCGCGAAAGCAACGCCGCGUGCCGAAGCCGAAUCCAGCUCUCCCUACGCCGCAGAAACCGACCAGCUUCAGCACCAGCCCAGAGUCAACCUUUCUGAGCCGCAGCUGGGCAGACGAUAGCCUAGAUUCCUCCUUCCUCAGUCUCCUACCAGCCAAACGCCAGCCCCGAACCAGCAACUCCGGGCGCUUCGUCUCCGCCACGCCGACUCCUCGUGCCCAGAAGCAUUCGGCAACCAUCAAACUCGACGACGUCCUGACCAACCGCAAAUCCUUUCGCCCGCAGCAAGUGGCCUGCCGCGGACAGCUGCCCAGUCAUAACAACCGCAGGUUCAUCGCGUACAUGGCCGAUCGCUGGGCAACAGAGUUCCGCGCUGCUCCAAACGACCCGACCUUUCUAGCCGUCGUGGACAAAGCAUUCAAGGAAAAUGAAGAACGCGCCGCAUCGUUGGGACUUCUGAGAGAGGCGCAAACAUGGAAAAUGGUCAGUCACUGUGUCAUCAAGCACUUGACAGAUCGAGCCGUACUCAAGGCAAGGAGAGCUUCGCAAAAGCCAUCCCCCCAAGUGAACGGCACACAACACACUUCGAUUGAAGGCCUAGCUACACGCCUCGCCGCGCAACACUUGAAGUCGCCUGUCCACUCCCCGGCGAGUUUGCGGCCUGCGCAGACAAUCGCACAGCACUUGACACAGGCAGAGAGCACGUCUAAUGUCCCGACUCCACUUGCACGCCCUUCCAAUGGAGAUCGCGAACCGUUGCCCGAUAUUGAAGCCGGCGAACCCGUCACCCUACCGCCUUCUCUCACCUCGUCCAUGCUCAAACCUCCUCCAGCACCGCCGAUCCCACUGAGCUCGUCCACCCGCAGACUCACAAUGGAUAGUCUCGCUGAGAUGCAGAAGCACCAGACGUACGAGGAAACGGCUGAGAGGAGCGAGAUGGUGAAGCGGUGGAGUGCGCAAUCGAAGAACGUCCUGAACCUCGACCCAGUAGACCAUCAAGGCGUCAGGAUCCCACUCGCCAAGCUCGAAAACCACGGAAGUGGUGAGAGCUUCCAGUUCCUGGAGGAUUCGGCUGGCUCGAGAGAGGCAUCUUUUCCCGCUUCAUUUGAAAGUCACAAGUCGGCCGGCCUACCCAUGGUCUCUGCGCACCCAACUCGCCCCCGGCCCAGGCGCGUCCAGACGACAGAGUCGGAGAUUCAGCCUGACAACAGAAGAGAUUCAGACGUGGAGCAAGCAAUCUUUGCCGAGAGUCCGGAGGCGAGCAAAGAUCACUGGGACCGUGGCCCUGGGCCCUCUGCCGCGCGGGAGCAAAGACCAUCAGAGGUGGCGCAGGGCCGGUCGGCAGCCGUCAAGAAGAAUCUCGGGUUUGAGCACGGCCUGCGUGGCACUGAAUGGAGAGAACCUGAGCUCAAGAUCGCUCGCAUAGCAGUGGAGACAAUCACUGGCUAUGCGAGUGAUGCUCCUCCCGACGGCCUGGCCGACGAAGCGGACAUCGAUCUGGAGGAGAACGCCAUCUGGACAAUAGUAGAAAUGCUACAACAGCUCAUAAAUUUCUACAGCAAUGAGCAGCCAUUUCCCCAGAUGGCAUCAGUACUCCUCUUGCUCGUCGGCCCCCUCCUGCCUCGCACACAUCCGCUGCCAAUACCAGAGAUUCACCAGACAGUGUCCAGCUACGUGGACCACUUCAUCAACAGUUUGGGCUGGAAUCCCGAGGAGGUCCCGGCACUCAUCCAGCAAUGUUUCGAGCAGCCAAUGAGAGCCGGGCUACAGCCACUGCAAGUCGAGAGCAUUUUGUCCACAUACCAUGAGCAACUCCUACGGUAUCAACUCUUCGACGAAGCGGCAGUUCUCCGCCAACUGAGCUACCCGGCAUACCCGGCCGUAUACGAAGAUUUCCUCGGAGACAACCGCGUGUACCUCUCUUGCGGUGGCUGCGGAAAGCCAGUUCUGGCGAGCUCAGAUACUCUACGAUGUCAAUCCUGCCGUAAGAAGCAGGAGCCUUGCCCGAUUUGCUGGAUGAAGAAUAGUCCCUUCGAGACACAUACCUCGACUCUGCACUCAAUGUGUCUUCUGUGCGGCCAUAGCGGGCACGCAGCAUGUUUGUAUGAUUGGUAUGUUGUGGCGAAGGAUAGAGGAUGUCCUACGGCCGGAUGCCCUUGCGAUUGUGGUGCAGGAGAACGAGUAGAUGAGAAGAUGGCUGAAAAGGAGGCUAGGACUAAGAGCCAUGCACGUGUGAAGAGCGAUGACUGGAAGGCGAGAGAGAGCAAGGCUGUGGAAGGAGCGAGGGAUGAGCUUAAGAAGUGAUUGCACUGUACAGAUAUGAGAUGAGCGAAUGAUACCCCGACUGCGUGACGCGAA